AAUUUAUUUGAGAUUGCUAAAGAGAACGAUGAGAUAGCUGCAGCUAUCAGCGAGAUUCUAGAUGCGUUUCCAGACCCAAUGAAGAAAGAACUCCCAUCUCUGUUACAAGACGACGAACGCUAUUGCACUUACAACAAAGAGUUUCUUACCACGACCACCUCGAUCCAAAGCCUAACUGAGAAGGCAUAG